CGGUGAUUUUGACUUUGUGUAAACAGCUCCCGAAACUCGAUCGGUCCCACCGGUUCGAUUUCAGCUGAUUUCGCUGACAACUAGAUGUACACACCAACUGCUACCCGACCCUCUCAGGUGAAGGUACCCCACUCACUGUCGCUUAUCUGGGGGUAAUCUUCUCCCGUCAGCGGCGCUACCGCAUAUCGGCGGGCAAGGGAGAUUAGCUCCGUUGCUAGGUCGCGUUAGUCUUCGCACGAGUAGAGCUGGAGAAUAUCGAAGCACGGUGAACGGUGUCAAUGGUUUUAGUCAACUGAAAUUUCAGGAUGGUGUGUUACACACUGACGGAUGGGGGAAGGACCUGUUUGUAAUGGGACCCAGGUGUGUUUGAGAGGGGGACAGAUUCAAGAUGUCGUUGUACGGAGGAGAAUCCGCCGUGGAGGGACGUCCCUACACUCUCGGGACGUUUCAGCACAAACUCAACAAGUUUGAGGAUUUAAUCAAGGAUAUGACAUACCAGGGGGCAGAGGCUACACCCGAGGAGCGCCGACAGAUGAUUGCAGAAAACCUGAGGUAUGAUCAGUUCUGCGAGAAGAUACGAGAAUUAUUUGGAUCUGACAUCAAGAACCAAGAUUUGAAAGCGGUCUACAGGAAGAUCUCCACAAACCCGGAUGCCAAGGUUGACUGGAGCGAGCUGUUCGGGUACUUCCAGUCUGGGGUGGAAGAGGAAGAGAUGACGGUGGGGGAAGAGGUCAGCGUCUUCAUGGUGUCCAAGAGGAGGAGAAUAGGAGAGGCUGCAGGUGACCGUAAGAGACGAGACACUGUUCAGUGUCUGAAGUACGUCCCCGCCAUUGAUGCUUACGUCACGGUGUCACAGAAGGGCGCCCUCUCUAUAUGGACAAACAAGCUUCGGCUACAGGCCUGUAUCGACAUCAAUGAGCCAGCGUGGGCAACCGGCUGUGACUACCUCCCCGUGCUCCGGAGGGUGGCGUGUUGUACAGAGAGGAGCAUCGCCCUGUGGGACAACAGAGCAAAGGGCAAGAAUCAGCAAAUCUUUACAAUCAAGCCUAUUGAGCACUCGCCCCAGUGCAUGACCAACAUCCCCACGUCCACCACACCUCACGAGGACAGGAUUCUCUUCGGCGACGACCAGGGCUACGUGAACCUCCUCACCAUCUCCGCCAAAGACAUGACGAUGAAGAACUCAAAGGGGGAAAAGAACAACUCGCAGAACAACCUCAUCAUCGACCCCAACAAAAUGACUUUUCCCAUUCAGAGAAGAAAACUCCACGACGAUUGGGUGCUUAAGGUGAAGUAUUUCCCCGAUCUCCGAUGCUUCGCGUCCUGCUCGCCCUGCAGCACCAACUCCUUCUUCUUGGAGGAACUAGACCGACUGAACAAUCAUGACACGGAAGAAGUCCGAGGCGUGUCUAUCCCCAAGGGUGUUAACUGCUUCAACUACUGCACCAGGGCCAACAUCAUCGCCACCGGGGGAGUGGACAAGAUCAUCAGGGUGUGGCAUCCACACAUAUUUUCCCGUCCGACAGGUAAAUGUAAACUUCUCGGCCACCUGUUCACUAUUAUAGAGAUAGCCUGUAAUGAGAGGGACCAGCAUAUUAUCAGCCUCUCUACUGCCAGGGUGUUCCGGGUGUGGGAUAUACACACUCUCACCUGUCUGCAGGUAUUUACAGACAAUGAGGAAAGGCCAGGUGAAAAGAGGAUAUACUCAAUGUUGUUUGACAAUAAACACGAGAGGCUAAUGACAGGGUCCAGUGUCCUUGAUGCCUGGCCUCUGACCCGGUCAGUGCAGGACACUAUGCAGGUGCCACACACACAUGACCGGCCACUCAGUCAGAUAUUGUACAACUCCGAGUUACAUCAAGCAGUGUCGGUGUGCACAGAGUCUUUCAUCAAGGUGUGGGAGAUGGAGACAGGCAAGCUAGUCUACUCUAUCCCUGAGGCUCACGGCCCCGGGGUUGAGAUUACAGCACUAACGCUGGACCAGUCAGGGUACAGACUAGUCAGUGGGGGAUAUGAUGGAUCAAUCAAAAUCUGGGACUUUGGCGCUGGUCAGGAGAUCAAGUCAAAGUCAGGACGAGGCACCGAGGAAGACUUCAGUAUCAUAGGGUUGAUAUACAAGAAGUACAGGGAUGACUACAUCAUCAUUGCUGCUGGCUGGAACAACAAGAUCAGGCUGCUGCUGGAUGCUGGGGACAACAACGACCUGUCUGUGACCCGAGAAUUCAGCGACAUCUACUACAUGACCCGUGAGGUCAGCAUCUGCUCGACCUCCUCCACCGACCCGUUCCGCUCCCCACCACUGCCUGCUAUAGGGGAAGGGUCUGGCAUCACCAAUGUCUUCAAGAAGGAUUAUGUGUUGAUGUCGAAUGAAGUAACUUGCAUGGCAUUGAUGGGUGAUGGGACGAACUCAAGCACUACGCUCAUCGCUACAGGGAUGAGCAAUGGGAACGUCAUCCUCUGGGAUGUGGAGAAGGCUGUGGUGGCCAAAAUAGGUCUGACUGUGGGGCAUCAUGGGGAAGAUGCUGAAGAAGAUACGAGUUUCUCCGGCGGCAGUCAACAGCCUUCACGAGCCUCCAUCUACCCCGACUCCAAAAACAUCAAGACUGUUGAGGACAAGCUUGUGAGUGAUCUGGGGGAUGGGUCCACAUCAGAUAGACAGAAGGACAAUAAAGAAAUGGAGGAAGAAGGACAGGAGAAACAGGAUGAACAACCUGAAUUUCCCAAUGAGAAGAAUGAGGAGAAGUUGAGGGAGAAGAAGAAGAAGAAGAAAAGAGUUCGGCAUGCAGAUGAGGAGAAGAAGAAAUCCAUGAUUGACCCGGAUGCCACCCUGAUAGUUGAGACUUUUGAUCCUAUCAUCGUCACUGUACAUCAAGACUCUCACAUCAGGUUCUGGAAUAUGGAGGGCGAGAUUAUGCGAGAGAUCACGCCGAUGACACGACGUCAGGGCACCCCUGUCACUGCCGUCUGUUGUGAUGAGGAUGUAGACUGCCUUGUCACUGGAGAUCAGAAGGGAUACAUUACGAUGUGGGACGUGAAGGGAUUCCUGGAAGAUGUCGAGUCUGAGGAACCGGACAAACUGAAGCAAAUUGUGAGCUGGCGAGCUCACCUGACAAAGAUUGUCUCCCUUGUCUACGUGGACUCCCUGAAGUGUAUUCUGUCAGGGUCAACUGAUGGGUCAGUCAGGGUGUGGUGGGGAAACAAGGGAAAGUUUGUUGGGUUCUUUAGCCAGCAUCGGCCGUUCAACUUCCCUGCCACAGAGGAGACUGCAGGGUCGCCGACAUUACCUUAUGACAUUACGGAGCGGCCCCUAGCUCCAGUGACGCGGAGGAAAAGUGCGACCCAGAAAAUCCGAACUGCUCAAAAGUUUGAGUACCCACUCAUCUUUAAUCAACAGAAGUGGCGGCCAUUUCGAAGAUCGGCGUAUUUGAGGCCCAAGUCAAAGCCACCACAACCAGAGGACAAGAAAUUCUUUAAAGCUCUCAUAAAACCAAGGGCAUACAAUCAUCAUCUUGAGAGCUCCACAACAGGAGAAAAGAUGCAAGGAGCUGUAUUCAGGGCUCUACCAGUGUAUCGGGUGAGGACACCAGAAAGACCUCGGACCCCAGUGAUCAGCGACUCAGUCAUGUCCAAAGACGAGAAACAUGGUCGGCCGUCAAUGCAUGGAACUGGUUUAACAAUGAAGGGAGCAAAGACUAUGGGCCGUGUGGCUGACAAAUCUGUUGGACGAGUGGUGUCACCCCUCAAACUUCACAAUAGACGGGGACUGAAUGGUAGGCCUCCUGGGAUUGGUCCAUCUCCAAACCAAUCAGGCUUCAGUAAUUCUAUAUCUCCCUCCCCCAGGAGGAGAUGACAUGGAUUGGACAGCCAUUUGAUGACAUCCUUUACAAAUCACUGUCUGUAGCGAUGUCGCCAUUCUGUAGCAGUACCUCUGAAUCAGCAUCAAACACAACAACAGUGUCAGCUUACAUGGAUGAUAUGGAAAUUAUCAUCAUAGACUGGGUUGAAUAGCAAUACAGUUUGAUCUUUUAGGGAAAACAUUGAUUCAAAUUUCCAAUUUAAAUUGUCUGUCGGACCACAGGAAUUUGAAGGUUUUAUUAAAAAAUGAAAUUAUAUUCCCUUUUUAAUUACCAGUAUAAAACAAAUAUCCUAUCGGGAUUGAAAUGAGAUGGCAAGGAAUAAUAUCCAUGGCAUAAAAUUUCAGACUUUUAAUCAGAACAGGAUUCCUACAGCCCGACAGACCACAACUGAUGCAGAAUAAAUAGGCAUUUGUGCAUUUGUCUUUUGCAAACUCCAUGUUUGAAAAAAAAGUUAUCUUAUUUUUAAUAACUCUGGAUUAUAUUUUUGUAAUUAAUAUUCUAUUUCUGAGCCCCUCUUACAUACUGAAACAGACACACAGGGUAGUGCUCAGCCCAGAUCUGAUGGGAAAAGACAGACAACUUUAGAAGACACAAGCAAGAUUAUACAUGAGUUCAAAAAGCUACCAUCAUGAAUAUUUAUUGCUGCUAGUGAGGUUCAUAUUGCAGGUGUGAUAUUAUGGACUCAGAUAUUUUUUUUGAUUUAACAUUGACAUGGACACUCUUCGCUUUUGGUUUCACACACAUUCUGCACUAAACCGUAAAGAGGUUUAAUAUCGACACUUCAAAACAUAAAUUUAGGUAAUCAAGAAUUGUUAUAUUCAUUAAAUCAAGAUCACUGAGCUUCAGAAAUCGACAUAUCUACAUUAACUAGAUCGUGGUACAACGGCCACUUGGUAUAUAACUUAGCCUCAAAAAACAACAAAUCUGGAAAGAAAAAGUAGAAACAUGCUUUUCCUGAAGCCGAGUUUCUUUAGAAGAUUGAAUUCGUUGUCAAUGACCUAAUAUACCCCUUGUUAAUCUUUUGUAGGGGGCUGCAUUGCCAAGUCAUCUGAGGUCAUGCUGUUUGCUCCCCAAGGCAUGACAGGAGAUUUUGGGAUACAUUUUUAGGGAUAUAUAAUUUGUUGUGUUUUUGACCUGCCCGUUCAUGAUAUGUAUUUUAUCAGUUUGAAGGACUGUUAAAUAAAUUGGUUAGACUCAAAGGGCUUUUUUGCAUAAGAUUCCAACAUUUCACAUAUUCAGGAAGGGCAAGAAGCCACUUGGUACAGCCAGUCUGUUUCAUUAGAUUUGUAAUAUUAUGGAGGAAAUAUGAUGAACAAUGUAAAGCCUUAUUAAGUUUUGAAAAGUUCUCAAGAAAUAAGAAUAGAUUUUUAAUAACAAUUUUUUUGUAAAUCUUAGAUGAUUGACAAGUGUAUAUUAAGUGCUUUGUUUAUGCAUUGUGUUAUUACUGUGCAAUAUUUAGGAUUGAUCAAAAUCAGUAUUUCUCUAUGAGUGAAAUAGUUGGACCCUUUGCUUUUCACAAUUAGAUUUUCACCACGCUCAUUCUACCUGGGAAACUGUUAUUAAGUAUCCAUGUAUAUCUGGGGCCGUAUUUGCAAAAAUUAGUCUUAAGUGUAGAAAUUACUGAGAAGUUUGUGAGAGUUACAUACUGCUGCUAUAACACAAUUUUUAUGCUUAACUACUUUAACACAAUACUGGAUACAUCACUGCUUUAACACAAUACUGGAUACAUCACUGCUUUAACACAAUACUGGAUACAU